AUGCUGAUGCUGUUUUUGUCUUUCCGUAUCGGAAUGGAUUUGAUCUUCAACAUCCCUAGCGCCUCUGCGGUAAGCUAGCACUUUCUUUGAUUUUCACUUAAAUUUCAAUGAUGUACAGGUCAAGGGUACGUUAAAUUUUACAGCCCUUGGAGGGGAAAGGUAAAACUGAGCCGGGGAACUGAGCGCGUCUUUUGGGUGUUUUUUUAAAGUCUGUUUUUAAGCACCGAAAGUGGUAGCUUGUAUGACAGGCGCUGCUUAGUUAUAGCUUUGUGGCCUGUUUUAUGGACUCGCGCGCGUCAUUUAAAUCUCUCCUUUCGCCAUUCCAAAACCGGCACCUGCUACGCAGGCUCCUAAAGUUACUCCCUUAAUUAACGAUCCGCCGCCGCAAAGAAUUUUCAAAGAAAAAAAAAAUUAGCUUACUCAUUUGUGCUUCCGUCAUUUUAUUUUUUUUUUUCGGCCUUCACUCUUCAGGUCAAGACUCGAGAUCGCUGUUUUCUUCUUAUGUUACUGAUAACCAAAGGUUGUGGAGUGCUGGCUAUAGAAUAGAGAAUAAUCUAAGGCGACGUUAAUAGAAUAGCAAAACGCGCUUGCUCCAACGCGAGACAACUCCGUGCUAUACGCAAGUGUCACGUGAGAGAAGGUCAAAACGGGCGUGAUCAGAUGCCGCCCAUGUAUUUCAUAUACUAGGCUGAUUUAGCAACAGAACGAGAACGUCAGUUGAAGACGGCGGGCGCAGAUCAAACAACUGGCUUGACCGAUGGCAGAGCGGCAAAUUGGGCACCAGAAGUCGUGUUUAGUCCUUUCCGCGCGCUUUCUCGUCGUCAGCUGACCUUCCCGUCCUGUUGCUAAAUCAGCCUAUUUUUAGUGGAAGUCCAGACGAAUGUUGUCUACAUACGUGCCGCGCAUGUGUAAAAGCAACCUGAAGAUUAGGAUUGCGGGCUCCUCUUGUCGCCCACGAUAAUGAGAGUACCUUCAAGGCAUAUUCGUCCAUUUGAAUAUUCUUCACAUUAUCAGAAUUAUAUGAGGUAAACAGGAGGAAGCUGAUUGUUAUUUCUCUCAAGACCAUUGUAUCAUUUUCUGAAUUUAGAUUUUAAGAGAGGUCUGGAGGGAUUACCCAGCUCUCAGUAGUUAGCCACCGCAAAACUUUCAAGAUAAGCCCCGCAGGCCUUUGUACUUUUCUUUGCAAAGGCCUGUUUAACUACAUUCAUUGAAGGGCUUAUAUUUUGACCGGGCUUAUAAAGGAGGGGUUUACCACUCUUAUGAGGCAAACUUUUGGUUCCUGUCAGACACUGAGACAUGCUCCUGUUCCCUUAGCCGGUGAGGCAUGUCCUCGUGCUCAGGCAUCGCCGGCUAAGGGAACAGGAGGUUCUGGGGACAAGAAUGAUACUGAGAUAAACAGCACUAGCUAUGUCUCCUCCACAGUCGUUCCCAAGGCUUAGUGGGAAGAACAAAUCAAACGAGAAGCGAGAGAGCUGAAGAAAGGGAAAGAGCAAGAGAGAGGUAUGAUGGGAACGAGCACAGAGCGGGAGCGGGGAUUCCUUUCACCCCAGCUUUCCUUAAUAAUGUACUAAAAUAUUCCCUUAAAAAGGGAUCGCGAGCGAAUGGUGACAAGGCAGUCACUUGUCGAUCUUUGUGUUUUUAUUUCCUUUAGGAUUCAGCCGCCAUCAGAGAAGGCAUUGCCGCAAGAGCAGAGCUGCAAGUUGGCUGCGCCUACUGGUCCAAUGCUGCUCUCAGCGGUAGUGGACCCAAUACAAACAAGAACAACUAUUUUGUUCAUGACAUUGGUGUCUUAGCCGGCGCCCAAAUGCCAGAAGUUUCGGAGGGGGUCCCCAUAGAGGCGGGGGACGGAGGCUGGGGUACCUUGAGUACCCUGAAUUACUGGAAACGUGUAGCCGUGGACUCACCUGAGCGUGGCGACAUCGUUGCAGCUCACUACCUAGACAGUGGUGGAAUUUACCAUGUAGGAAUUUAUGUCAGCCCUGAUACAAUGGUGUCAGCUAAUUCAGUAGACAUUGCUAAAGGUACAUGGCCAUUUGGUACCGGAAACGAUGAAGGAGAUCAGAUCGUCAUCUGGCGUUACUGUGGAGAACUUAACUGCCCCUAG